AUAUUUGAUCGAUCCAGGAUGGCCCCAAAGACUCCCAUUAAGAAUGAACCAGUUGACUUAUCAAAGCAAAAAGGCUGCACCCCAGAAAGAAACCCAAUUACACCUGUUAAGCUUGUUGACAGACCUCAGCCUGAUCCCUGGACCCCCACUGCUAACCUGAAGAUGCUCGUUAGUGCUGCUAGCCCUGACAUGAGGGACAGGGAAAAGAAGAAAGAACUCUUCAGACCCAUAGAAAACAGUGAGCAGAGUGACACACCCGAUUCAUUACAGUAUGAUAUGGUAGACGACAGCACGGUUGAUGAAUUUGAAAAGCAGAGGCCCAGCAGAAAACAGAAAAGCUUAGGACUCUUGUGCCAAAAGUUUCUAGCUCGCUAUCCAAGUUACCCGUUGUCAACAGAAAAAACUACUAUUUCUUUGGAUGAAGUGGCUUCAGUUCUUGGAGUUGAGCGGAGACGAAUUUACGAUAUAGUGAAUGUCCUGGAGUCAUUGCACUUGGUUAGCCGUGUGGCCAAGAACCAGUACUGUUGGCAUGGCCGGCAUGACCUCAGUCAAACUCUGAAAACGCUUCAGGAAGCAGGAGAGCUGCAGUAUGGAGAGCUAAUGACCUUCUUCCAGCACAAGGAGCAGGACUUGGAGUACAAAUUUGGAGAACGGAAAAAGGAAACUAUUCCAGAUUCUCAAGACAGACCAUUACUGGACUUUUCAGAACAAGAUUGCACCUCUGCAUCUGCAAACAGCAGAAAGGACAAGUCGUUGCGGAUUAUGAGCCAAAAGUUUGUCAUGCUGUUCCUUGUCUCCAAGACCAAGACAGUCACUCUGGACAUCGCAGCAAAGAUACUGAUAGAAGAGACCCAGGAUACGGUGGACCACAGCAAAUUUAAAACAAAGGUACGAAGACUGUAUGAUAUCGCCAAUGUUCUCACCAGCCUAGGCUUGAUCAAGAAAGUUCAUGUCACAGAGGAACGAGGACGCAAACCAGCCUUCAAAUGGAUUGGGCCUGUGGAAUUCCCUGGAAAGACCGGUGAGCUGAGAGAGCGUAGCCCAACAUCUGAUCCUGUGCCAGGGACACAGAGAGGAGCCUGUGCCCCAUAUCAAAUCUGUGCUACUGGAAAGCAAAGGUUUACACGUCACGCUUCAUUUAACGGCGCACAGCCUUGUGAAGGGACCAGAAGGAAGGUCAGUUCUGAGCCCAACAGCCCACGCCAAGAGAGGCAAGCCUGUAUUGUGAAUUCAGAUGAAUAUUGCUCCAAAAUGAUAAAUCUGGCAGCCGUCUGCAGGCAGAAAAUAGAGGAAGAUACUAGGAAUAAAACUUGUGCCACAGAAAAGAUACUAAAUUCAGCAAGGAACCCAAGCAUAACCUCACCGCCCUCCCUUCUUCCAGUUCCUGGGGACUCUGAUUUUUGUGUUAACCCUUUGCCUCAGGCAGUUUUCCCUGUGGUUCAGACAGAUGUGCCAAGCCUGUCAUUGCCAAAUGGUAUCAGCAGCCAAGCUCCACAUCCUUCCAUGCUAGCAGCCUCCAAAGCAGAAAAUGGAAAACCCAGCCUGCUCCCCAACCAACCCUUCCUGUGCUUCCCAUCUUCACCCCUUCUUAUGUUGUGCAGUGGUCUUCAGGAAAAUAACUUGAGGGAGACCCUGUCCACCACAGGAGAUGGAGGAAACAGGAGUGCAGAAGCUCAGGCUGCCAUACCUCCAGCUGUCUGCCAGAAACGCAGCUCCCACAAGUGUGCAUCGCCCUCUGCACCUGCAGAUGAUGAAGAGCCAGCUGCUAAAAAGCAGACCAUGGAACAGAGUGAUCUGCCCCUCUCACUUGUAGUACCCAAGAAGCCUUUUGAGUCACCCAAGGCAGAAUGUACUCCAGGAAAUGGCUGUACAUCUGCUGUACAUCUAGAAGAUUAUCAUCUUGACCUCGCAAGUCCGGCUGCUCCAGAGGCUGCAAACAAGGAGUCUACUAAGCCUUUAGAUUCUCAGGAGCAAGAAAAACGGUUUCAGAAUAAAGACCCUGAUGAACCCUCUCCAGGAAAAGAGCACAUCUCUAAAGAAAAUGCCAAUCAACCAUUCCUACCACAGUAUCUUUAUGUUCAGCCUACUGCUGGAUUAAGCAGUUUUAAUUUCCUGUUCUCUGCAAACCAAGCCCCUGGUGCCAUCAGCCUGGCUGCAAACCAGUUACCUUCUCUGAGCGUCCCCUGUGUCGUGGUGCCAUCAGCAGCCUUGGCUUCCUUCCCUGUCGUCUGUUCUCCCACAAUCACCAGUCCUCUUUCCCCAGUUCCCGAUGGCUCCUUCUCAACUGCCGCUUCCAUGAAUUUCAGUAUGUCCAGCCUGGCGUCAACAACGCCUGUUUUCAUAGGCACCACGGCAGUGGUCAGCCCCAAAGUCUCACCCACACCUUUGGUGGAUCCCCAGCAACCAGCUCACACCUCUCUGCACCUGAGUCCCGUGCUUGCAAGAUCUUGUGCUGCUGUUAAACUGGACUCCCCUGUGUGUAUGGGGCAUCCAGUGACCCUUCUGAAGCUGCAGCAGCCUUCGUCAACUCCCCUCACUCCCAAGAGCAUUCGUCCUGCAUGUCAUGAGGCGUUUUUCAAAACUCCCGGAAGCCUUGGAGACCCUGUUGCAUGGAAGAAAAAUGAAGGCAACCAGACCAGAAAUGCCAGCUCUGUGCAGAGGAGACUGGAAAUCUCUAGUACCAGCCCUGACUAA